AUGCAAUAUUCCGGACUGUAUGAACAGAUUCAGUAUUACAAUCAAGAAAAUAUCAGUAUUAAUUUACAUAAUCGAGAUUUAUGGAAUCAAUUUCAUGAAAUAACUAACGAAAUGAUAGUUACAAAAGCUGGUCGUCGUAUGUUUCCAAUUGUAUCAAUAAAUAUUGGUGGAUUAGAUCCAGAUAAAAUGUACACCGUAGAAUUAUCGUUUGAUCAACUUGACUCUCAUCGUUGGCGGUAUGCUAGUUGCAAAUGGCAACCAGGUAUGAAAGCUGAUGAAACUAUUCAUCGUUCACCUUACCAACAUCCUGAUUCACCGAAUUAUGGUCGAACUUGGAUGAAGGAUAUAGUAGCAUUUCCUAAAGUUAAAUUAACAAAUAAAAUAGAUCAAAUAGGAACAUCUCAGGUUUUACUCAAUUCACUCCAUAAAUAUCGACCGCGAAUUUCUAUUAUUGACAUCAUGUCGAAAACGAAAAUCUAUGAAAUAAGUUUCGAUGAAACUGAAUUCAUUGCUGUGACAGCUUAUCAAAAUGAAGAAGUAAAAGCAUUAAAAAUCCGGCAUAAUCCAUUUGCUAAAGCAUUCCUUGAUGUAGAAACUUUCAAAAGAGAAACAGACGAUGAACAAGCAGGUCGUACCUCUAUUUUUGGCUCACAAGAGUCAUCAUCAGGAGGACCAGAUCGAGUUAUACUUCAAUCAUAUAGAUGCUCACCUUAUAGUUACACUCAUUCGCAACGCAGAUCUUCAUUAAAUAAUGGCCUUGGUUAUCCUUCAUCAUCAACAUCACUGUUCGAUUUAUCACCCUUUUACGCUCCAAUAACCUCAUCCAAUAUACCAUGUUCGUCGUCAUCUUCACCUCCACUACCAGAUAGUACGGCUCAUAGUACAAAUCUUUAUUAUCCAUCAUCAUCGCCAUAUUAUUUUUCAUAUGGAGCGCCGUCGCCGCCAUCAUCAUCGAUACCUCAUUAUCCAUUCAUGUAUCCAUUCAAUUAUCCUUUAAAUAAUAAUUCAAAUCAAGAACCAACAUCAUAUUUACAGAUGCAACCACCGAUGGCAAUGCCAUCGACUGAUAAUAACUAUAUGAAUCCAUUGAUACCAAUAACACAGGAUGUUGAACAAUAUUAA